AACUGCAAGCAUCCUGCCCUGAUCGCCUUACUCACGCCAUGACGUCGACCUCUGCUCAGCGUGGCAGAGGGAGCAGCAAGCACAUGACAGCGCUUCAGUCUCCAUCGAUCAUCGUUCCGCCAACGCCAAUGUCGGAGCAAGGCGACGAACCAGCAUCAGGGUCAUCCGAGGACGAGGAGAGCGACGACGAGGAGGAAGAAGAAGAAGCAGACGAUGACGACAACGACGAAGAUCGCUCAAUUGACGAGGCAGGAUCCUCACGCCGUGUUGCCACUCAAGCGCAUCUCACGCCUCGCCAUCAAAGGCCAUCACGCAAUCGUAGGCCGCCAGCUUGGCUAGCAGAGGAUGGCCUCGUUGAAGUCCGCAGCAAGAGAUCAACAUCCACUACGUCUCAACGUGAGGCACCCGAGACGCCAAGGAGGCGGCGCAAGACGACAGCAAAGGCGGAGGGAAACUCAUCCGAUGACGACGACGACGACGAAGAGGCACCGGACACACCGUCGAAGAGGCGGACGGCCGGCACCAGUCGAAGUGGCCGAAGCAUCAAGACUCCACUCAAGGCUGAUGACUCUCCACCGACUGCUCGCUCGCAUGCGGCAUCCUCGAGCACCACGUCCAGUCGCCCAAUCCAAAAGCCUCGGACUUCCUCAGCGUCUUCUGUCAAAGCCAGCCCCUCAACGCCUCGCCGGAAGAGGAUGAGUACCGCCAGCACCCCUGGCAAGACGCCCAAGCAAGAGCCCCUCGUCCCAUCGAGACCUUUUGUCCGCCCAACAUCUGCCGACUACUACUUCGCAGCUCACGUCUCACGUCGGCGGUCCCAGAAAGACCCAUCAUGGGCUUCACUCGCCUCGUCCUCCAACACGAUCGCCUCCGACCUCCCUGCCCUUAGCUCAAAGCAAGUCGCCAAACUCUCUCUGCCCGGCUCCCGCAGCGACCCACUCUCCCUCGCCGGACUCAACGAUCUAGCAUUGACUCACUACCGCCUUCAGUAUCCUGCAUGGACUUCUCUCCUCUUCCUGGGCUAUGACCUCUUCUUCUACGGGCUGGGGGCGAAAGAGGCCGUACUAGAAGACUUUGCCCGUCAGAAGGCGGAGCAGGGGGAGGCGACUUGUGUCGUCAUCAAAGGCAGGACGGGCGUGAGGGCCGAGGAGUGGGUGGAGAAUGUUGAGGAGGCGCUUGGCGUCGCGCCACAGACGGCCGUGCCGGGUGGGCUUGAGGGGCGGAUUGAGCGGAUCGUGGCUCUUUACGGGGGUGAGGGAAAGAGGCGCAGCCUGCCACGCUUGGUACUCGUACUGCAUGCGCUAGACUCGCCCGCUUUGCUCAACCCACGCAACAGGGCGUACUUGCAGUUGCUCUCAGCCUCGCCCUUCAUCCACCUCGUUGGGUCGGUCACGCAUCCCAACGCCGCCUUCCUUGCCGACUACACGGUGCCUACGGGCUCAUCGCCCAAGGGUAAAAUAUGGAUCGAUUGCACCACGCUCCUCCCUCAUCUGGACGACUGUCUCCUCACAGGCGCAGGCGUCAGACUGGCGGGCCUGCCGCGCGCCUUUGACCUGAGAGCAGGAGGAGGCGUGGGAGGCCUCACGGGCAUGGGUGGUGCAAACAACGCCAAUCAGAGAGGCAACGAAGCGGCGGCGGGCGCGACCUCAGCUGCAGAAAUGCACGCCAGUAACGCAGCGUCCGCGCCCUUGCUCACGGCGACCGCAGCCCUCCAUGUGCUCAAGUCAGUCACGGUGAAAGCGCGUGCCCUCUUCCUCAAGCUCGCCUCUGAGCUCAAAGGCCCCAAUGCCAGUACGUCCGUCCAGCCUACGAAUGGCGUGGUCCUCCCCGGAGGAUUUGCCAGUCGGUCCCUCCCCUACACUCGAUUGUCUCAUCUGGCGACGAGAAACUUCAUCGCCACUUCAGAGCCGGCGUUGCGGGCUUUGCUGGUUGAGUUUACGACGCAUGGCCUCGUGAGGCUCUGGCGAUCAGGAGGGGGAGAAAGCGGCAGUGAAGAGCGAGUAAGCAUUGGGGUCGGAGGUGACAAGGAGGUGGAUGAGAUUGUUGAGGGUGUCAAAAAGCUGUAGAUGAAGGACUACAGAGCUUGGGCCGCUGCAGCGCUCAGUCCCCUUCGAACGCUCGGCCCCCUCAUCGUUCUUAAUCUCGCAGUCGCGCGACUCGCCAGCCUGGCCCUGGUGCUUGUCCGGCGCAGCGAUGCAGAGCCGCCAAUCAAUCAAUUUUGAGCCGUCCUUGUCCAGGAG